UCCUCUCUCUCUCUCCCUGUUUUACUUUGUUGACAGCCCUGCUAGGGGCCUUUUGUUACCUCUCUAGCCAAUGAAAGCAUUUUACGACAGAGAACAGUUGGGAUAUAAAAAGAAGGAGUCCCUGUGCCUAGUACAUGAUCUGUGGUUGCCUACCCCUCCCCUAUAAAGACCUGCACAAGGCAGCUGUCCUCUCUGCACCAGCAGCAGUCCUCAGCCUGGGCACCCAGCUAUGCUGUCUCAGCGCUACCCACUCUUCUUCUGCAUGCUGGUCCUGUCCCUGGAGUUUUCCAAGAGUGGAGGAGAGUCUCUGAUGGAGAAAGGAGCCCUGCAGGUGGAGACCUCACUGGGAGAAAGUGAGGAACAGGAGUGCCCGGUGUGUAUGUGGAGGAAGCACAGCAAGGAGAUGAGGCUGGAGAGCAUCAAGUCCCAGAUCCUCAGCAAACUCAGGCUAAAGGAAGCCCCCAACAUCACCCGGGAGGUGGUCAACCAGCUGCUGCCCAAGGCUCCCCCUCUCCAGCAGAUCCUGGACCAGCACGAGUUUCAGGGAGACUCCUUCCAGCAUAAUGCUUUCGUGGAAGAGGAUGAGUAUCAUGCCACCACGGAGACUGUCAUCAGCAUGGCACAGGAAACGGACCCGGUAGUGAGAGUGGAUGGAAACCCUCACUGCUGUUAUUUUAACUUCAGCCCAAAAAUUAUGUUCACCAAGGUAGUAAAAGCCCAAUUAUGGGUUUACCUACGACCUGUGCAGCACACCUCCACUGUCUACCUGCAGAUUCUGCGCCUGAAGCCUGUAACAGAAGAAGGCAGCAAGCACAUUCGUAUUAGAUCUCUGAAGAUUGACUUACAUUCACGUUCAGGCCAUUGGCAAAGUAUUGAUUUUAAGCAUGUUUUACAAAACUGGUUCAAGCAGCCACACAACAACUGGGGUAUUGAGAUUAAUGCCUUUGAUCCCAAUGGAAAUGAUCUUGCUGUUACUUCACUUGGACCUGGAGCAGAAGGCCUGCACCCCUUUAUGGAAUUGCGUGUUAUGGAGAACAACAAGCGAUCUAGGCGAAACUUGGGCCUUGACUGUGAUGAGCACUCUACUGAGUCACGUUGCUGUCGCUACCCGCUUACUGUGGACUUUGAGGCCUUUGGCUGGGACUGGAUUAUUGCUCCCAAACGCUACAAAGCCAACUACUGUUCUGGCCAGUGCGAGUACAUGUUCAUGCAAAAGUACCCCCACACUCACCUGGUCCAACAAGCAAAUCCACGGGGGUCUGCCGGUCCUUGCUGUACUCCUACCAAAAUGUCCCCCAUUAAUAUGUUGUAUUUUAAUGACAAACAACAAAUUAUUUAUGGCAAGAUCCCUGGAAUGGUUGUAGAUCGUUGUGGAUGCUCUUAAGACGUUGGCUCUCUGUCCUCUAACUACUCAUAUUCAACUCUUUUCUUUCUCUCAAGGCUACAAGCAGACCAAAAUUUGGUAUUGGGGAUAGCGUAGUAUUUAUGCUACCAUUCCCUUUAUCUAAACCUAGUUAAACCACUAGAGAUUUGACACUUUUAUGUCUUAUUUCUGCCUUUAGUUAAGCUCUUGCAAUGACUGCUAUCGUCUUUACACCUGGCUAAUAUGGCAUUUCAGUGUUUGGGCCUAUUCCUAUGUGAUUACGAGGAGGAGAAGCUAGUGGCAGCUCAAAUCAUGAUGUGUCAUAUUGUACUAUUAUUUAGGCAGCUUACAGUGAAAGCUAAUCUUUUUCAUUGUGCAAAGCUGCAAAUUUAAGGGGUUUGAAGGGGAAAUAUUUGCUUUGACGAUUUUUUUUAUCAUUUCUUGCAAGUUGUUGGUUGCAAAAUGGGGCUGAAAAGAUCUGUUUUGCACUUGACAACUGUCUAUUGCAUUACACAUUUUCUCAGAAGUGCAUUGCAUGGAUUGCUUUGCACUUUACAUUCUACCCACUUCCAUAACUGCCUUCAAAUCACUGGAAAUUCCCUCCUACCUUUAAAUUUUUGCAACGCUUCCCUUAAAGGGAGACUCCUGAGGAAUAUUCUCUGGAGGUUGCCUGUAUCUACUGCUCUGUGCAAUACAAAAGGCAAAGCAUAAGCUAAAUAAAGAAUUCCUUGUAAGUUUCCACUUCUGGCUAAUCAUGUAAUGUCUUUAUCCUUUCCCCAGUCAUAUGCCAUAUGUAGCAUAUGCACCAGGAAUCCUGUUUGAAAAUCGGUGGCAAAGGUCUGGUUCCACAAUCAAUAGGAUAAACUUAAAACUUGAAAAUAUAUUAUACUAGAAAGAUACUUUGCCCAUAAAUGUUUUGUGCUUAGCCUGGAUUUUCUUCCUAUAGGAGUCCAGUGAGUAUGAAAUGACAAGGAAUCAUGGUGUUAAUGCUUCUCAGGGAUUGGGCUAACAUCAGAUUUGAGUGAAGUUCUUGUUUAUCAUGCUUUGUAGGACUAUGUGAUCUAGAGACCACUCAUUCCCACUUUUGAUCUAUCAUAACAAGAAAAGUUGCCGUUAUUUCAAUCCACUUGCACUCAUCACUCAUCCUUAGUUUUUCUGAACUGAGUUUGUUGUAUGUCUAGCUUUAUUAAAUAGGGCUCCCAAAAAUGAUAAACCAGGGCACCCAUAUUACCUGAAGUCACCCAAUACCUUUAAGUUGCAUUAAUACAAAAUGUUCUUGGUACCCAUCCAUACUUGCACUUCUAUCGUGGGUAUUUUAGGACACUGUGGGAAAACAAUCAUUCCUUUUAGGCAAUGUGUGGCAAUAAAUGAAAUGGAAAUAAAUGGGAGCUGUCCAUGUCAACCUCUGUUUGCACCUACCGUAAAUGAAAGUAUCUUGUAAUUUUGACUUCAGUCCAAAAUCCCCU